AUGAAGCGGCUAGCAGCACGUUUUCCCUUGUGGUAUGCCGCGCCUCCGCUUUUGAUGGCCCGGCGUUUUUUCAAAUCUGACGGAACACCGUACAAUAGUGAUAUGACGGACACAUUGCAUGGGAGCGAGUACGUUCAUAGAGGCGGGGUGGAGGCAAUUGUGGAGGGUGUCGCUGCGGGCCAAUAUGCAGAACACAAACCUCGUGCCAUUAUGUUUGUGAAUAAACGUCCAGUCGAGAUUAUUCCUCAAGAGGAAAAUUUGUUGGAAGUACUGGAGCGUGAGGGAAUUCGCGUCCCCAAGUUUUGUUAUCACCCUAUUCUCUCCGUAGCGGGCAAUUGUCGAAUGUGUCUGGUGCAGGUCGAUGGAACUCAAAAUCUUGUUGUCUCUUGUGCCACGGUAGCGCUUCCAGGCAUGUCGAUUAUUACGGACAGUCGAUUGGUUCGGGAUGCCCGGGAGGGCAAUGUGGAACUUAUUCUUAUCAACCAUCCCAACGACUGCCCCAUCUGUGAGCAAGCAACAAAUUGUGAUCUUCAGAAUAUCAGCAUGAACUACGGUACUGACAUUCCUCGAUACAAAGAGGAUAAACGUGCCGUCCAGGAUUUCUACUUUGACCCUCAGACGCGUGUGGUACUCAACCGCUGCAUUCAUUGUACGCGAUGUGUGCGAUUUCUUAACGAGCACGCGCAAGAUUUUAACCUGGGAAUGAUCGGUCGUGGUGGGCUCAGUGAGAUCAGCACCUUCCUGGACGAAUUGGAAGUGAAAACGGACAACAAUAUGCCGGUUUCGCAACUGUGCCCGGUGGGAAAACUGUAUUUGGGCGAUGCCGAUGAAAAUAACGCUGUUGCUGACGAACUGGAUGCCUCUGAGCAGGCGUACGCCGUUGCGACAAGCUAG